AUGAGGGAAGUGGAAAUGCAGUUGAGAUUGAAAUGCCUUGAUUUGCUGUAUGGUUGUGUUGAGUGUGGAAAGUUGAUUUUGGCUUACUUUUGUGCUGUGAAAGGAUUCGCAGUUGUGUGUCUUGAUGAGGGUGGACUAGACAAGAUAAAUCCUAGAGUUACCUUAUUCCCUUUUGUCAAGUAUAGAUGGCAUGCUGUUGCUUGGUGGACUUGGGAUGCCCAGGAUGAAACAUGUGGGAUUUGUAGGAUGGCUUUUGAUGGAUGUUGUCCUGACUGUAAACUCCCGGGGGAUGACUGCCCAUUGAGUAAGCUAUUGAUAAUAUUAUAUGCUGAUUUUCAUCGUUAUAAUAAUUUGUAUUUGGGGUGUAUGCAAUCAUGCAUUUCAUUUGCAUUGCAUCCUGAAAUGGGUGAAUUCUCAGACAUCACAAGCUCAUUGCCCCAUAUGCCGUCGGGAGUGGCAGUUUAA